AUGGCUCGUCUGCUUCAGAUACUCUGCACCCUUCUUGCGGUUUUGUUAGGUUCUACCAGUAGUGUUACCUUCGUUGGUGAUGAUCCUGUGGUAGAGCUCUCCUUGGGCAAAUUACAAGGUAGUACAAUGCAGAGCUUUACAGGCAAGACAAUCUACGCCUUCCGAGGCAUACGAUAUGCGCAGCCUCCCGUGUGGCAACUUAGGUUCUCCAAUCCUCUCCCAGCAACUAGUUGGGGUGACGAGGUGCUUAAGGCCACCUCCGAUUCCCUGGUUUGUCCACAACCAGGAAUCACCCUGCUCAUGAGUGAGGAUUGCCUUAAGCUAAAUGUUUUCACAAAGAACUUCGAGGAUAAGCUGCCAGUAAUCGUUUACAUCCACGGGGGAGCCAAUGUCCUGGGAAGUGGUCAAAGUGUCUACGAAGCAGGUCCCCAAUAUUUGCUAGACCAUGAUGUGGUUUUUGUGGCCUUCAACUAUCGCCUUGGAGCUCUGGGCUUUCUAAGCACCAACAGCAGCGAGGCGAAGGGAAACUUUGGCUACCUCGAUCAAGUGAUGGCUCUGGAAUGGGUUAGGGAGCACAUAUCCCACUUUGGUGGCGAUCCCGAGAUGGUGACUAUUUUGGGAAUGAGUGCUGGCUCCAUGGCAGUCAGCCUGCACCUGGCCUCGCCCCUUUCCGCCGGCCUCUUCCAUCGGGCAAUCCUCAUGAGCGGCUCGGCCACCAAUCACUUUGAUAUCGAUAACCUUUUCUGGACACGUAAGCUGGCUCGCGAACUGGGAUGUCCUAUGUACGAUCCCACGGAUGUGGUGGAGUGCCUCCGUAAUGAGACCUGGCCACGCAUUGUGGAAAUCUGCAAGGCAUGGGAAACCUAUCAGUUUGUAAACAUGAAGUGGAACUACGAGGUCGACGGGCACUUUCUAACCAGCCAUCCCACGGAACUUAUCGAGGAGGGCAAGUUUAACAGGGUUCCCUUGCUGAUCAGUUACACGGCCAACGAAUUGGACUUCACCGCCAAUGUUCACUUGGAAAAUGAGCCCUUACUCCAUGAUCUUGGCUCCAACUUUGUGGAGUACGCUCCGGAGUUGUUUCUCUACAGAAAAGAUUCCAUCAAAAGUCAACGACUCAAGGACUUUUACCUAAGGGAUAAUAUGACUGGUAUUAAUGCGGAAAACAUUGAGCAAUUUGGACGGAUCUUCUCUGAUGGCAUCAUAGGCCAUGGUGUGCAUCGCCUGGUCCACCUGGCUAGACCCUACACUCCAGUUUUUUACAUGCGCACGGAUUACGUGGGUGAUAGGAGUAUCUCAGCUCCUUUGGGCGAGGAUCAUAGGCCCCUGGGAGUGGGUCAUGCCGAUGAUCUACAGUAUGUGAUGCCGGGUCUUUGGUAUGGCACUAUAAUGCCAGCGGGUCACUCGGAUAUUUUCAUGAUGGAGCGUUUGACCAGCUGGUUUACACACUUUGCGAGAACGGGUACACCCCUGAACACCACCGAUAGCUGGCUGCCCUGCACCUCAACGGACCUGAAGAUGCUCUACAACGGGGUGGUGACCCAGGUGGGUUCACCCGGCUACUCCGAUCGAUAUGCCUUGUGGGACGAACUGUUUCCCACGCCCGCCGCGAGCGGAGGCGCUGCCUGGAAACCCGGCCUCGUAGUGGCCAUCGCCACUGGGCUGGCCUCCCGGCUCGGCGGAAAAUUAAUGUAG